AGUUGGCUGGUGGUAAAUGCUCCAAGCUGAUAGGCAGUAGCGAAGAAUGCAAUAUGACCUGUCGGCAACGCUUUUUGCUGCGAUUUGCCACACCCUAAAAAGGUUAGAUAGAUUAGUCAGCCUACGAGCUGUUGGAAUGUUCCAGGCAACCUGUAGAGUUUUAUUAAGAUAUUGAUCAGAACCUCCACGAGGUUUCUGAUUAGCCGUUUUUAACCCUCUAUCUAAGGCUACGAGCUACAAAAGUGCUAUUCCCUUACUCCUAUGCAGAAGUCAAUUAUAAGCUUACCGAUAAUUAGAUACAUCCAGCUUUUGUAACGCCUAUUUGCACCGUACGCCUUCUUAGCGAAGGCAGAAAGCCCUUAAGAUGACAAGUAAUACUACUCUCCCAAACCGCUCUGCAUGUGAUGUUGUUGGACCUUCUGCCGACAACUCAAGCUCGGGUUUUCCGAAUCUCGAUAUCCUCGUCGUUGAGGAUAACCCGAUAAACAGGAAAGUCCUGGGAGCUUAUUUACGUAAAAUCAACUGCCCCAGCGUUCAACUCGUAGAGAAUGGUUCAUUGGCUGUUCAAGCAGUGGAGGAACGUAUGAAAAGCUUUGAUGUUAUCUUUAUGGGUCUUUUCAUGCCUGUUAUGGACGGCUUCACCGCGACACGCAAUAUUCGUCGCAUCGAAAUCGAACGACGUGUCACUCAAUCAACGCCUCAUCCCGUCAGUUCGGCCUAUAUAGUUGCACUUAGUAGGCUUUUGCGCGACGAUUGCAAAGAAAAUGCUUUCGCCGCUGGCGUGAACGAAUAUCUUUACCAGCCUGUGCAGUUCAGGGAAGUAAAAACAGUACUAGAGCAGCGGGAACGGAAGACUCCAUCAAAUGAUCAAAGCGACCUGUCGUAG